GGGCAUAUUGAUAAAUUUAAUCACUUUCUACCUAGCUCAAAACAAGUGCUAUGCCCUUUACAUGAAUGUUCUGUGCUACAUUUUUUAUGUUAAGCUCUUCAUAUAAUUUCUUUUGUUCUCUCUAUAACCUUGCUUGCUUUAUAUUGAUUUUUACUAUAAUUAUUGGGUGAUACAUUGUUCUGAUUUGGAUUUGAUUGUUUCAGGACUUCAACAUAUUUGUUCUUUCUUAUCUUUCUACAACUUGCAGGGUUUUCAUUUUCUUGACCUUUUCUUCUUACCAUGGAUGUGGCCACAACACAAGAACAAGACAGAGUGAUGGGGAAUAAAAAUUAUUUGGCGAUGAAGACUGAUGCUUCGGCAACAGAAGAAUUGAUCACUUCCGAUUUGAAGGAUCUUGGCAACGCUGCCAAGAAACUGGCUAACCAUGCGAUUAAGCUUGGUGGGCUUGGAUUUGGGACUUCUUUCCUUCAAUGGGUGGUUUCAGUUGCUGCAAUAACUGCCAGCCGCAUUGAUUCUUCUCAUGGUGGUGUCACCCGGCUUUUUGGCCGACACUGUGAGGGGCAACUGGAUUGGUCUUGGGAUAUGUCUUGUCAUCGGGUGUUAUUUGCUGCAAGAACACAUCCGAGCAUCUGGUGGUUUCAGAAAUUCCUUUACAAAAACCAAUGGCAUUUCGAAUACUGUUGGCAUAAUCCUUCUGUUGGUCUAUCCAGUAUGGGGGCUGAUACUUUACAUCCUAUAGGCACCAUUACUAGUGCAGCUUCUGGAUUGUUUUCAAUUUGCAAAUCUGAACCUUACACCAUCUAUAUUACUAUUUGGUUUGUCAGCUGGAUUGUGUAA